CAUCAAAAGAUCAAAUAAAGAAGAACAGAAACAGCCGCAGCAUCGAAGAUGAGAGGAGGCCUAAGCAUACAGCCAAUUAGAACAAGGAACCCACCACCACCAAGUACGACAGCCCAACGAUAUUAUCCACACAGAAAUAUCAUGAUAUCCCCUCCCAAUUUUCCUUCUUCAUCCAAAGCCCAAUUCAAUUAUGUACCAUAAAUAUAAAGCAUAAUAUUCUUAGAUAGAUCAUCUUCCGAGUUCUGUGGGUGGCUGGCAUGGCGCGUUGUGGCUCAUGCCACUUGUUCAUCGUCGACAUGAAUCGGCCUGUUGCCGCUGGAUCAUUGACAAGUAUCCAGCUUUCUUCUCUCAGGUUUCAUCACUUCAGCAGAGCCGGCAAGAUUUCUGGGUUCAAGGACCGGACGUCGGAACGGCGUCGCCUGGGGUUCGUCGUCAGUGCGGAGCUCUCGAAGGCCGUGAGCAUCGGUUUGGACUCCAAGACUUUUGAGUCACAUGAUCAAUCACAGUUGCCAUGGAUUGGUCCAUUUCCUGGGGAUGUUGCAGAACUUGAGGCUUAUUGUAGAAUCUUCAGAGCAGCUGAACGACUACAUAAUGCAUUAAUGGAGACAUUAUGCAAUCCAUUGACAGGAGAAUGUUAUGUCUCCUACAGUUUCUCUUCAGAAGAAAAACCAGUGUUGGAAGAUAAAAUAGUGUCUGUUCUUGGUUGCAUGGUAUGUCUCCUGAACAAAGGAAAGGAGGAUGUUCUUUCUGGAAGAUCCUCCAUCUCAAGAUUUCAGGUUGCAGAUGUAAAUGAAAGAGAGGAUAGCCUUCCUCCACUUGCCAUUUUCAGAGGUGAGAUGAAAAGAUAUUGUGAGAGCUUACAUGUUGCUCUUGAAAACUACUUGACUCCUGCUGAUGGUCGAAGCUUAAAUGUAUGGAGGAAACUGCAAAGGCUAAAGAGUGUUUGUUAUGAUUCUGGCUUUCCCCGUGGGGAUGGUGAUCCCUGUCAUAUGCUGUUUGCCAAUUGGAGUCCUGUUUAUAUAUCCACCUCAAAAGAAAAUAUAGAAACCACAGGUUCCGAGGUUGCUUUUUGGAGUGGUAGCCAAGUCACAGAAGAAGGUCUGAAAUGGCUUAUGGAGAAAGGAUUUAAAACUAUUGUUGAUCUUAGAGCAGAAACUGUUAAAGAUCCCUUCUAUGAAACAGAAUUAGAUGAUGUUAUUUUGUCAGGAAAAGUUGAACUGGUUAAACUACCUAUUGAAGUUGGGACUGCACCUUCCAUGGAUCAGGUUGAGAAGUUUUCAGCCAUAGUGUCAAAUUCAAGGAAGAAGCCUAUAUAUCUACAUAGUAGAGAAGGAGCCCGGAGAACUUCCGCCAUGGUUUCUAGAUGGAGGCAGUAUGCAUUGCGGUAUGCAUCACAGCAUGUAUCCAACCGUGAAACUAGUCAAGCUGAUGCUACCUCAGAGAAUGAAGGAAGAAUGGAUGAAUUUAACGCAUCAAAGUCGGAACAUUAUGCCAGCUUUUAUGAUGAAAAUGGAUCGCUUCCAGAAAAGUUAAACUCGACUCGUAAUUCUGUUGGAAAAAGUCUCAAUCAUGACUCUCUGGCCAUGGAAAACAAAGAUGAUAACUGCAACGGGACAUUUAAUGGAGUUGCCUCUCACGAAGGGACUACAUCAAUAAAAUCAGUUGACAAUGAUGAAAUUGGAUAUUUAACUGAUUUCUGUAGUGAUAUCGAUCCUCUUAAAUCCCAGAUACCUCCAUGCGACAUUUUCUCCAGAAAAGAGAUGUCUACUUUUUUCAGAACUAAGAAGAUCUCACCUCCCACUUACUUGCAUUACCAACCAAGAAAAUUGAAGACAUGGUAUCAUCCAAUGGAGACUUGUAAUGGGACAGUACAGAGGAGUGAAGCCAUUAGGGCAAGCCCUGAAUCAAGCCUCAUGGAAACAGGACAUGCAAAUGGAGUAGCAAGCACUAAGAAUCCAAGUUUGAAGGCUCAAAAUCCUCCAGUUAGCAAUGGAACUGUCCUGGGUGAUAAUUACCCUUCAUAUGGUCCUACUCUGAAUGGACUUGGAAAAGCCGGAACAUAUCCCAUUAAUAUUGUAGAUAAUCCUGUAAUUUUGAGAAAUGAGAAAGAUAAGAAUGCUGUCUCUAUUAUGGAGGGUCACAGGAGUAAGGCCUUCAUAGAUUCAGAAGAUGAUGAUUCAGGGACGGUUGAAGGAAAUAUGUGUGCCUCUGCAACUGGUGUUGUGCGGGUGCAAUCAAGAAAGAAAGCAGAGAUGUUCUUGAUUCGCACUGAUGGCAUCUCGUGUUCCAGAGAAAAGGUGACAGAGUCUUCCUUGGCUUUCACUCAUCCUAGCACCCAGCAACAGAUGCUUAUGUGGAAAUCUCCACCGAAGACUGUCCUACUGUUGAAAAAGCUGGGCCAAGAGCUCAUGGAAGAAGCUAAAGAGGUUGCCUCUUUCCUGUAUCACCAAGAGAAAAUGAAUGUUCUUGUUGAACCUGAGGUACAUGACAUAUUUGCAAGACUUCCAGGUUUUGGAUUUGUUCAGACCUUUUAUAGUCAAGAUACCAGUGAUCUCCAUGAGAGGGUUGACUUUGUGGCAUGCUUGGGAGGGGAUGGGGUUAUACUGCAUGCCUCAAACUUAUUUAGGGAUGCUGUUCCCCCUGUUGUAUCAUUUAAUCUUGGAUCCCUUGGAUUUCUCACUUCUCACCAUUUUGAAGAUUAUAGGCAGGACUUGAAACAAGUUAUCCAUGGGAACAACACAUUGGAUGGUGUUUAUAUAACUCUCCGAAUGCGUCUACGCUGUGAAAUUUUUCGAAAUGGAAAGGCAAUGCCUGGAAAAGUAUUUGAUGUCCUCAAUGAGGUUGUGGUUGAUCGUGGUUCUAAUCCAUAUCUUUCCAAGAUUGAAUGCUAUGAACAUGAUCGUCUUAUAACCAAGGUGCAAGGCGAUGGAGUCAUAGUUGCCACCCCUACUGGAAGUACAGCAUACUCUACUGCUGCAGGAGGUUCCAUGGAUCUAGCCACGGGGAGGAUGAUUGGUGUUGCUAAAGCACACAAGGGACUAUACUACUUGCAGAAGACCUAUGAAUCACUCGUAGGAGACCAGCUUGUUCUAGCAUGUUCUUCCCAACCCACUUCUACCAAAAGGGAUGUUCAUCCAAAUGUUCCGUGCAUGCUGUUUACACCAAUCUGUCCACACUCUCUCUCAUUCAGACCUGUUAUACUUCCAGAUUCUGCAAGGCUUAUAUUAAAGAUCCCAGAGGAUGCAAGAAGCAAUGCCUGGGUCUCCUUCGACGGGAAGAGAAGGCAACAACUCUCGAGAAACGAUUCAGUCCGGAUAUCGAUGAGCCAGCAUCCGCUUCCAACAGUUAACAAGUCUGACCAAACGUGCGACUGGUUUCGUAGUUUAAUUCGCUGCCUGAAUUGGAACGAAAGGCUCGAUCAGAAGGCCCUUUGAACUACCCCACUCUGAAAUAUAUCCUCCACUCUUGCUGAGGUUUGUGUACAUUAAUACUACUGUACAUAUAUUAUUAGCUGUAAAGAAUAAUGAUUAAUGGUUAAUCCAGAGUGAAAGGGCAUAUUACAUA